GCCCUUCACUUCAUGGCGCUCUUGCGGCCCCAGGCUCGCACUAGUCUUGACCUGCUUCCCGUGAGCCUCCGCUCCCCGCUCCCGCUGGGGCGUGCGCUCCCUACCCAGCAGCCCUCGGGCGGCUCAGAGCAGCGGACACCAGGACUCCAAGAUGGCGUCAGUCGUACCAGUGAAGGAGAAGAAACUCAUGGAUGUCAAACUAGGAGAGCUGCCAAGCUGGAUAUUGAUGCGGGAUUUUUCCCCAAAAGGCAUUGCUGGAGCCUUUCAAAGAGGCCCUGGAGGGACAGGAAAGCCAGAGAUGGACUGCUUGAGACUCACCCGGCUCUUUAUCCCUCGCCCUAUGGGACUGUCCAUCCUGCAACACCUUGAUCCUUGCAGAGCCAGGUGGGCAGGAGGCAGGGAGGGGCCUGCAUGGCUGAAGGCCAUGAGGCUGACUCGGCCGGUGUCAGUGGCCUUCAGCCGCUCCCUCUCUCAGCUGUCCCUCAGCCAGGGGAGCCAGAAGAAUGGGAACAGCCUUAGCUCAGACCCGAGCCAGCCCAGCCCGACAGCCACUCAGGAAGAAGAGGAAGAGGAGGAAAGCUUUGGGACCCUCUCCGACAAAUACUCCUCCCGGAGAAUAUUCCACAAAUCCACAGCCCAGUUGUAUAACCUGCGGCUCAAGGAACAGAGUGUUGAGGAAGAUGAGGAAAGAGAACUGGAGCCAAAACCACGGCAGGGCCAGAAAAACACCCCAUACUGGUACUUCUUGCAGUGCAAAUGCCUGAUCAAGGAAGGAAAGAUGAAAAAGCGGGACCUGGAGCCCUCAGAUGCCACAUACACGGCCCUGUUCAAUGUCUGUGCCGAAUCUCCCUGGAAGGACUCUGCUCUGCAGAAUGCACUGAAGCUCCGGCAGCAGCUUCAGGCCAAAAACAUCCAGCUCAACUUGAAAACAUACCACGCCCUACUGAAGAUGGCUGCCAGGUGCGCAGACCUCAGGAUGUGCCUCGACGUGUUCAAGGAAAUUGUUAACAAAGGACACAUGGUCACAGAGGAGACCUUCAGUUUCCUGCUCAUGGGCUGCAUCCAGGACAAGAAGACAGGCUUCCGAUAUGCUCUGCAGGUGUGGAGGCAGAUGCUGAGUCUGGGGCUCAAGCCAAGCCGGCACAUCUACAACUUGCUGUUGGGGGCAGCUCGUGACUGUGGCCUGGGGGACCCGGAGGUGGCCUCAGAGCUGCUCCUGAGGCCCAGGGAAGAGACAGCCCUGCUCCAGCCCCCGGGAGGCAGGCGGCGGGCAAGGGGAAGAGCCCAGGCUGAGGCAGGUGACAGCAUGUCAGCUAGGCUGCACGUGGAAGCCCUAGAGAGGCAGCUGCUUCUGGAACCUUCUCAAGUACUUGAGGGGCCUCCAGAGCCUCAAGAGGCCAGAUUGACCAGCAAGGCCCAGCCUGAGGUAGAAACCAAGGCAGAGCCUGACCACACAGUGGCCCUCAUCCCAGUGGCCCUGAAGCCACCUCCCUUGCAGCUGGAGGUCAAUCUCCUGACCCUCAAGACCAUCCCCCCAGCUGUGGUCUCCUUAGGGACAGUAACCACCCCCUCCGACAGGCUGGCCUUGAUGGGGGGCCUGGAGGGCUUCCUGGCCAAGAUGGCGGAGCACGGGCUCCAGCCCGACAUCAAAACCCUCACGCUGCUGGCUGAGGUGGUGGAGCCUGGGAGCCCCACGGAAGCCUUGCUGCUGACCCUCCUGGACACGCACCAGGUGGAGGCUGAUGUGACAUUCUUCAACACACUGAUGAGGAAGAAAAGCAAGCUGGGAGACCUGGAGGGGGCAAAGGCGCUGUUGCCAGUCCUGGCAAAGAGAGGAAUCGUCCCUAACCUACACACAUUCUGUAACCUGGCCAUCGGGUGCCACAGGCCAAAGGAUGGUCUGCAGCUACUUGCAGACAUGAAGAAAUCCCAUAUGACGCCCAACACCCACAUCUACAGCAGCCUCAUCAACGCAGCCCUCAAGAAGCUCAACUACACCUAUCUCAUCGACAUCCUGAAGGACAUGAAGCAGAACAGAGUCCCGGUGAAUGAAGUGGUCAUCCGCCAACUGGAAUUUGCGGCUGAGUACCCACCCACCUUUGACCGGUACAAAGUGAAAAACACCUACUUGGAGAAGAUCGAUGGUUUCCGAGCUUAUUAUAAGCAGUGGCUGAAAGUGAUGCCAGCAGAGGAAACCCCCCACCCCUGGCAGAAGUUCCAGACCAAGCCCAAGGGGGACCAGGACAUUCUCAAGGAAGCUGAUGUGGACAGAGGCCUUGGGGGCAGGUGACAGGGAGCAUAGCUGGAAUAAAGUACGUGGUUGUUUGUUACAGUGCUUUGUGGGAGCCCCAGGAGUGCCCUCCAUAUUAAAGACAAGUGAACAUGCUA